CAAUUGUAGCUACUUUCGAUCUCAGUUUGGUUUGAUAGCUCCCUUAGAAAAUAUAGAUAAUGUAUAGCUAGUUAGUCAGUUAGUAUAUGUUAGAUGUACGCAAGAUAUAUACGCUUCGGCUACUUAUCAGCAGCUGCCUGCUAACAUAUCAGCAGCUGCCUGCUACAGCCCUUAGCCUACAGCUUUACUGCAGUGGAGUCAUGGGAUCUGUAGUCAUGAGGUCUGUAGUGAGGGGGGCACACUGGUGGCAUUGACUGGUGGGGGCGCGGGUGAGCAGCCACUAGGGAGCAUCACUCAAAUGAAUUCAUUUAAUUAACUUUUUUUCAUUAGUAUACUAGAAUAUGCGAAUGGGAUAACAGGCUAUUUUCCUCUUGAAGCAUAAUAAUACAAUCAAUACGUUUGUGGUGGAGAGAGAGAGAACAAUCAAUAUGGUACACGAAUCACAAUUAUCUGCAAUCACAAUUAAGAAUUGUAAAAAAUAAUAAUAAUAAUAAUUAAAAGAGAGAGAGAGAGAGAGAGAGUGUGUUCUUCACUGUAAAAUAUAAUGUAGCCUGCCCUAGUGUAACCACAAAGGGGUGGGACCGAAAACUCCUCUUUAUGCCAUCCACUGUUGCGUUUUAACGGCCGACGUUCGCAGAAGAGAGCUUCCUUUCGGUCUUCCUCAUUUGAAAAGAUAGGUCGUUUUUACUGUCUAUAGGCUUUUCCCAUCUCUCUUGCUCACGUUUGGAAACUCUAUCUCACUGGCAUAAUGGCAGCGAUUGGCAACCGUGGAACUGUGACUGAAGCCGCUGGCUUCAAGGUAGAGGAGGAUGUAAACAGACUGAGAGGAGCCAUGAAGGGGGCUGGCACGGACGAGGCAGCUGUCAUUGAGGUCCUGGCACGUCGUAGCAUUGCUCAGAGGCAACGCAUCAAGGAGGCUUACAAGCAGACCGUGGGGAAGGACCUGACCGAUGAUCUGCAGGGAGAGCUGACGGGGAACUUUGAGAACGUGGUGCUGGGCCUCCUGAUGACCGCUCCUGUGUAUGAUGCCUACGAGCUGAGGAACGCUAUGAAGGGUGCUGGAACAGAGGAGGCUGCUCUCAUUGAUAUCCUUGCCUCAAGGACGAACGCUGAAAUUAGAGCCAUCACAGCGGUGUACAUCAAAGAUUAUGAAAAGAACCUGGAGGAAGAUAUCGAUGGUGAUACUUCUGGAAUGUUCCAGAGGGUUCUGGUCUCUUUGCUCACGGCGGGGCGAGAUGAGAGCAACACUGUGGAUGAGGCCCAGGCUGUGAAGGAUGCUAAGGAUAUCUACGAGGCUGGGGAGGCUCGUUGGGGAACAGAUGAGGUCAAGUUCCUCACUGUGCUCUGUGUGAGGAACAGAAAUCACCUACUCCAAGUGUUUAAGGAGUAUCAGAAGAUCUCUGGGAGGGACAUCGAGGACAGCAUUAAGAGGGAGAUGUCUGGCUCUCUGGAGAAUGUCUUUCUGGCAAUAGUGAAAUGCCUUAAAAACAAGCCAGCAUUCUUUGCAGAGCGGUUAUAUAAAUCCAUGAAGGGUCUGGGAACUACAGACAGCGUACUGAUUAGAAUCAUGGUGGCCCGGGCCGAGAUUGACAUGUUGGACAUCAAGGCCGAGUUCUUGAAAGCGUACGGCAAGACUCUCCAUUCCUUCAUCAAGGGAGACACAUCUGGAGAUUACCGCAAAAUCCUGCUGGAGCUAUGUGGAGAGUAGUGGAGAGUAGGACGUUGAACAUCUAGGACAUCAUUCAGCGCUGACUUCACUCUGCAACAACACCAUUGGUGCCUCUACUAUCUUCUGUUUCCUUUGCUUAAAGGUCUCUCAAUAUCCUCUGCUCUUCUGUAGCCAGAGCAUUUUAGACUGACCAUGAUGCCUUUUUUCACAGUUUGUAAUACUGAUUAAACCAAAGACAGGUGACAUUUUA